GGCAACUGUGUUCUCAUCUGUCAGGACUGCAUACUGAAGUUUCUCUGACAAGUUCAGGGCUUGCUCUGCACUUUUCAUGGCUCUCCUCACCAACAUCACCAUCCUCCUUGUCCUGGCUUGUAUUUCCCAUCAGAUGAUGCUGGGCAGUUGUCAGAAGAGCCAUGGACGAAGGGGGCGAGGUGAUAGGGCACAGCACAAGGAAAGGCCAGGGCUAAAAGUAGGUCGCCAUCCAAAGUCUGUUUUUGCACAGCCAGUUAAAGGCAAACUGGUCACCAGAGACAAGUCAGAGUGUAUCUGGGCUGCAACAGGUGAACACCUUGUUAUACUUAAUGUCACCUGCAUGAAAGGGGACAGGAGCUUCAGGUGCAAGUACACUGCCAGACCAGGUGUUUGCCCCCAAUAUGUCUCCAACACAGAACUCUACUGGAAGCAGAUUUCAAGGGCUCUGCAGAAGCAAGAGAACUUGUGUCAGGACAGUAGUGUGUUGGUAAAAGCAGGCAUGUGCAGAAGAGCUGCAAGAGAUUCUCAUUUCAAACUCCAUGGCACACAGAAGAAGAAGGAUGCCUCGUCUUAUCUUCCACCUUCUGCAGCCGGAGCUGUCAAAUCCUGUCAGCCCGCUAACAAGAAGCUGGCAGAAGAGUUCUGCAGUGACUCCUGGUCAAGCUUGUGCACCCUACUUUUCACCAUGGUGAAGGAUUAUGAUUGCUGAACCAGAAAAAAAACUUUACAUAAAAUAUUCACCAUAUGGAGUCAUUUUAUUACUUUAUUAUACACCAUUAUUUUAAAUGUUUGAUGCUUAUGAAAACUAUUCUGACAGAUUAUAUGUAGACUGUAGUCAUCCUCAGUGUUAACAGAAAUUUCCCUCUUCAAUAAAUACUUUUUCUACUAUUUGAUGUUGCACAAACAUUUUUGCAUAUGCUGGAAAAGAGGAGAGUUUCAGUGUACAUGUAGAGCAAAGCAAAAGC